AUGACCACCACCGUGCUCGAAAGCUGCGGUGUCGCGCCGCCGCCGGGAGCGGCGCCGGAUCAAACGCUGCCGCUCACAUUCUUCGACAUCAACUGGCUGCAUUUCCACCCCAUGCUCCAGCUUCUCUUCUACGAAUUCCCUUGUUCCAAGCCUCAUUGGUACUUAAAGCUAUCUGAAACUUUGAGUGGAUUUGGGCUUCAACGAUCAGCCUCAGACCAUUCAUUCUUCUUUAAGAAAGAUAGUGCAGGAUUCUUUGGUAUAGUAGUCUAUGUAGAUGAUAUCUUGGUAGCCACGAAUGACAGAAAGAAGAUUGAAAGUUUCAAGGGAUUCUUGGCUCAGCAUUUUAAGUUCAAAGACUUAGGCACUCCUAAAUAUUUUCUGGGAUUGGAAAUUGCUAGAAGCAAAGAUGGCAUUCUUGUAUCUCAGAGAAAAUAUGCUAUGGAUUUAUUGAGAGAUGCUGGUUUGCUAGGCUGCAAGCCAUCUUCAGUCCAUAUGGAUCCCUCAAAGCAACUGGGACAAGAUGCAGGAGAAGUAAUGAAAGAGUCUUCAAAAUAUAGAAGAUUAAUUGGGAGACUUCUAUAUUUGUGCAUCACAAGACCAGAUAUAACGUUUGUUGUUUAUAAGCUUAGUCAAUAUGUUUCUAAACCUUGUGAAGAACAUUGGAUACCAUCUGAGAAAAUACUGAGAUAUGUGAAAGGGACACCAGGACAUGGAUUGUUUUACUCCAGAAAAUCAGAGCCUUCCUUGAGCAUAUUCUUAGAUGCUGAUUGGGCAGCUUGCCCAGACACUAGAAGAUCAAUGACAGGAUAUUGUUUGUUUCUGGGAACUUCUUUGAUAUCAUGGAAAGCCAAGAAACAACAUAUUAUAUCAAGAUCCUCAGCAGAAGCUGAAUAUAGAGCAAUGGCUCAAGCUUGUUGUGAAGUUGUGUGGGCUUCUACUAUUCUGGCAGAUUUUGGAAUAAAAACAGAAAAGGCUGUUCCUCUAUAUUGUGAUAACCAAGCUGCAGUUCAUAUUUGUUCUAAUCCAGUCUUCCAUGAACGUACAAAACACAUUGAUAUCAUGGAGAGCUUCUUUGAUAUCAUAUUGUUUGUUUCUGGGAACUUCUUUGAUAUCAUAUUGUUUGUUUCUGGGAACUUCUUUGAUAUCAUGGAGAGCCAAGAAUCAGCAUACUAUAUCAAGAUCCUCAACAGAAGCUUAAUAUAG